AUGGCCGACUUCAACGAAGGCUUCACUCCUAUUUCUGCCAUUUUUUACGCCGCUUUUCAUCCACUCUCUGGCCCUAAGGUUUUCUCUCAAGUCCCCAGCGGUGCUAUCGUUCCCUGUACUGACCCAAACGACUCUUCUGCACUACCAACCCCACUUAUCAAUUUUGACCUUGUCAAAAAUUAUAUCAUCCCUAAACCUCAAUUAUGCAACCGUAUUGUAACUCUUCGCUGUGGUGAUUACAGUAUCGUUGGAUUCCCAGUUACCAUCUCAGAUCGUUCUUAUGAACGCAACGCUUUUGUCUUCAAUUUUUGCUUCAUCUUUAAGGCCCAGGGAAAUACCAUUGUCUAUGAAACUUCUAUUCGUCGUCUUGCUCGCAUGUUUUCUGCUCUAGAAGAACAAUCAAAAUACCUCUCUCAAAGAACCUCCUUUAAUACAAUUGAGUCUAUCCUCCAACAAAUCUAUCAAGAUGUCAACAACUACUCAGAAUGCAAAAUUCCAGUUGAUGAUUCAACUACAAUCAAUAUGAAACUUUUCCCCAUAUUCCCACCACCACCAAAUAUUAAGGCCUUUGAUGUUCCAAUUUCUACAGUCAACCUCACAUCAAUGGUCGACGAUAACUGGGACCCCACAAUGGAAAAAAUCAUCCCCUACAUCAAUGGCAUUAACUCCAUUCGCAAAAUUGCAGAGCUAGUAGAUGCAAAUUACCAUCUUGUUAAAAAAUGUAUCCAACAUCUUAUGCACUAUGGUUGUAUAAUCAUUAUUGACAUUUUUCAGUUUUCAAACAUCUACGCACCAACCCCAAACCUCAUCAACCUCCUCAAAUCAACUGAAAUGAUGAAGGAAUGCCAAUCUUACAUCUCAAUUGCUGAUAGCCCUCGUGCAAUGUUACGCCAAAUGCGCGACUCGGUUUCAGGUGUCUCAGGCGCCGUGGCUUCUUCUGCAGAAGCUUCCUCUACAAUUUCUCCAUCAGAAAGAACAGAAAGAACCUCAACAAUUACAACAACUCAUCCCAUUUCUGCCUCUGUAGCAAUUCCUUCUUCAGUAAAAAUCCCAUCCUCAAUUGCUGCCUCCUCAUCUGCAAUUGGCUCAGAAAUCAACUCAGUAGUCUCUUCAAACCUAACUACCCCAUAUGACAGACAAUGUACAAUCGCAUCUCCAGCAACAAUCUACACACUUUACGCAGCCCUCCACCAGGGACAAACAGUUCGUGAAUGGUUUAAGGUAAACAAGGAAAAACUCAGAUAUAUUGACGUCCGAAGAUUCCUCUCCUUUGGUAUCAUCAAGGAACUUAUCUACCGCGUCAACGAGUACCCUGUGGCUGAUAGUGUCGUCCAAAAAUACCACACAGCUGUUCGUCUUCCUGCCUCUGUUGCCAUCGAUACCUCAAAAGCCGACCCUCAAUCAGCCACCGGCCCUACCUUCCCCCAUCACCAACAUACCCGCAGCAUGCUCUCUCAACGUACCUCGGAAAUUGCAGAGCAGCUUGCAGAUUCUGGCCUCGGGACCCUUUCCGGGUCUGGCAACAUUGGAAGAACAACCCUAAAUAUGCACACAGGUACCUCCUUUUACAAUUCAGUCGGGACAUACCCAAGCAAUGCAAGCUCAAGAAACAGUGUGGGUACUCCAACAGUCCUGGGGAACCUAGCGCAUGGAAGCCACGGAUCUUCAACCGCCUCUGGAACAAGUGGAAUUACUCCAGGCCCAUCAGGUGCACCAAUUGCUCCGUCUAUACACUCAACCUCUGCAGCUGAAGCAGUCGCUAAAAAAGACCGCAUGGCAGGCCAUGGCCGCGUAGUAUCUGUAGACGACAUGAUUGCUGGAGUGUUACAGGAGCCUCGACAUUUUGAUGCAAUUUGUACAGACGUACGUCUGCCCAAGGCCGAGAUUGAAAAGAUUUUAAAGGAAACUGGUGUCUGGAACAUCAUAAAAGCAUGA